CAUAAUUGUGUCAGCUACUGAUGAGUAUAUAAGGUCACAUUCAGACAGUAGUUGAGUUUCUUAUCAUGCUGACAUAAAGAGUGCACUCAUGGCGUCUUUCUGGUGACGUUCUAUCACACACCCUGAUUAAACCAACAAGCUGGUCAAUUGCAUGGACAAGAUGGUUGUCUUAGCUGUGGCUGUGUUUGUAACGCUGUCAUCUUGUGCAGUUGGCUGCUCAGGGAACACAAAUUCUACUGAGCUGAAGCUUUGGAGCAUGGAAGAUCAAUCUACUGCUGCUCAGCUGGCUGCUGUGUUUAAGGAGAUGGAGAGAAUAAGGUGUGAACAAACAACACUUGAGCAGCAGCAGCAUGCUCUGACGCAGAUGCAUGCAGCGAGCCAAAAGAGAAGGGCUCAGAAGAAAGUUGGAAGAAAUGUCCUUACUUAUGGUACAAAUGAUGAGGAGGAAGACAACUUGCAUUUCUCUGAGAAAGACUCAAGGAGGCGUGGUGACCCCUGCUUUCAUUAUACAGUCCUAGACCAGGCCUGGCGUGCCACCAACACCACCACCAAGUUUAAGAUGUGUGACCGAAAUGUCAAAUGGAAAGGUUGGUACCGCCUGUUCUACAAAGGGAAGAGUAUUCAGAUGCCUGAGAGGUGCGUCCCUUUGAACAAAUGUGGCACCAACUCCCCACUGUGGCUGGCAGGGCCUCACCCAAAGAGGAGGGAAGGCAUCGUCACCCGCAGAGUCUGUGGCCACUGGAAAAAGAACUGCUGCGCUUUCCGAUCCACCCCAAUCAAGGUCAAGAAGUGUCUCGGCAACUACUAUGUGUACAAGUUCACCCAGCCGUCAUCCUGUUACUUGGCUUACUGUGCAGAUAUCAACACGCUUGUAUGUGGGCAGUGCAGAAGAAACCAAUACUGUGAGAGCCGAGAUAAGAUUAACUGGAGGUGUAAGACAAAGAAAACUUCUUCCAAAAAGAUCCACUUCUUUGUGUCUUACCCCGGCCAACUCAGAGGCAAAGUGAACAGGAUCAAGUACAGUAAGGUGCUGGUGAACAUGGGCCGGGCCUUCAACAGGAGGACUGGAGUGUUCAGGGCUCCGGUCAAAGGAGUCUACCAGUUCUUCUUCUCCACUCAAGCAGCCAGUGCGGGCCUUAAGACUGAUCUGUGGCUUGUGGUCAAUGGUUACUGGGUCGCUGUCUCUCACACACACAUCUCCCGUCCCUCCACUGUCGGCAGCUUGUCCAUGUACAUGACCUUCCUCCGCAGAGGGGCUGUAGUGUACGUGACCCACAACUGUGGUAGGUCUUGGGCCAAUGCUGCUUCCAUGACCAUUACAUUUGGGGGCUCAUUGAUUGCACAGUUGAAAUGAUGUAUGUUUAAACAUUUUGACAAUAUUCUAAAUUUUGUAGAUUUCUAAUGUAUCUUUAAGUAUGAAUGUGAAUGGGAUUUUUAUUUUAAGUAAACAUGUUAGGAGUGUAUUAUGACAAAGUUUAAACCCUCUCUUUGCUAUCAGUUCAAGUUGUUAACAGGUUUUUUUUAUAUAUAUAAUUUUGGUGCUACAUGAGAUUGAAUGUUAAUUCCUCCAUUGUCACUGCACAACACUCUGGAUGAGUGUCAGCUAAAUACCUGAUGUAAUACCUAAAUGUCUGCUUUAAUUCUUAAAUGUAAAAAUUAAAAUAAUUUAAAAAGGAA